CCGCAGCCCAUAAGCUUGCAGCAGUCCACCUGGGCAUGCAGCCGACGGGAGAGCACCGAAGACUUUGCCCGAGCACAGUGGAGGGUUCCAUCACUUAUCGUGAUAAGCUUACGUGAGGCCCUUGGCGGCUUUUGGCGGCUUUGUCGGCUAUUUCCUGACUGCUGUGCUUGGCAGUGACGAGGACGCUGAUGUUAUCCCUCGUCUGUUGCCAUGUACAGCUAGGUCAACAUCAAAAGAGGCAAAAGCAUGUAAGACGGACGAAUGAUCUGCCUCAGAUCCAUAAAAUUACCGGGCUGCUCAACACCUGCAGGGCCAAUGCGCGUGAUCAUCACUCCUAUGCAUAUUGAGCACUUGAGUCGCGCCGGCGUCAGAACGACAAGAACCCCCGGAGGUCCGGAAAGCACAAAAUCAGCAUCAAUAUAUGGUGUCUCUGCCAUGGUAGACCAGGCCUACAGUUGAACUCUAUGCCACUUCCUCUUGAAACCCUUCGGUCAACCUCCUUGUAAUAACACCAUGUCCGACAUUCCGAUCAUACAAGUGCUAGAGAAGGAGCGCUAUUUCAAUCAACAUUUAGUCGCACUUCCUGAUGCCAUCCCCUACGCACCACUGGGCACCUCCUCCGUCCGCCUACGGACGAAGGUGAUGUCCCUCACCUCCAACAAUAUGACUUACGCAAAAGCUGGGUUUCUGAUGAAAUGGUGGGGGGUCCAUCCCCUUCCGCCUUCGACGCCGGCACCAUUUGACGAUGCUACCAAAUACGGCCGCAUCAACUGCUGGGGUUUCGCUGAGGUGCUCGAUUCCACGCACCCCUCCGUCGAGAAGGGCAGCUAUAUCUGGGGCUACCUGCCGAUCGGAACACUCGCACAAGAUCUUGUGGUCGAAAAGGGGGGUGUCCCGGGCCAAGUCUUUGUGAAGAAUGACUACCGGCAGGACAUCUUUUCCAUGUACAACCGCUACUUCGUAUUCCCUCCAGAUCUUGAUUCGCAAAUAGAGUCCCGGGCAGAAAGUGUGGCGUACGAUGCUAUUCUGCGUGUCAUGUAUGAGACGUCAUAUUUGAUCAAUCGGUUCGUGUUCACACUUGAGCCGAAGGAGACAGUUAGCCCUGGCCCAGUUGGUGUGAUGUGGGACUCAGACAAGGCGGAUCUCAAGGGUGCAACGAUAAUCUGCCUUGCUCCCGGCUCCAAAGUUGCACUGUCCUUUGCACGAGAGUUGAGAUAUGGCGAUAAGAAACCGGUGACGAAGGUUAUCGGUGCAGCCAGCGACUAUUCCAUCGAGUUUGUCAAGAAGACUGGAGAAUACGAUGAAGUCAUAUCCACAGCCGAGGACCCAUCCAAGAUAUUGGCUGGCAUCCCCGAUGAUAGCAAAAUCGUUCUGGUAGACUUUGGGGGCCGGGGUGGUAUCGCCCAGAAAUGGGCCACAGCCAUCUCCAAGUCUCGCAAGAACGUUCUGCUUAUGAAGUGUGGCAGGGAAAUCUCUGAGCAGUCUUCGUCUGAGGUGUUGGCUAGCUUCCAGCAGGCAAAGUCAGUGACGCCAACGUACGAAUCUGCGCAGAUCAACGCCAGUGAUAUUCGAGACCGUGCUCUUGCAAAGGUCGGCGAGGAAAAAUAUUUCAGGGACUUUGAGGCAGCUUGGGAAAUAUUCAAGAAGACUCCGGUUAAGGGCUUGAGAAUUUCCUGGGGAACUGGUCUGGAUGAUGUGCUCAAAGGGUGGAAAUCAUUGGCCAGGGGCACAGUGCAGCCAGACGAGGGCCUGGUUUAUGUGAUCUGAAUGGGUUCAAUGUUCGUAUCUCGGCUUAUCCGGAUGACAAGAGCUCAUGUGGAACAUUCAGAGUAAAUGCUCAAGUACCCUCAAGUACCCUAGGGUAGUUUGGUAGAG